AUGCCCUCUCCUCCUCCCGCCUGGGUCCAGGCGUUGAAGCCGGCUGGCCCGCAAGGCUCCGAGCUCCUCGCCCAGGAGCGCGCCCAGUCCAACGUUGAUGUUGACAAGUUGGCCGAAUUAUUACACACCAAGGAGGCAUUGGACCGACAACAGCAUAUUCUGUCCAUCUUGGAGUCCGAAAAGGUGUUUGAUAAAUCAGAGAACUACACCUUGGGCCGCACGGAGAAGAUCCAAAGAGCGUUGGGCAAGGCGAAGCGCCUGCAGCAAUUGGCAGUGCAACACAAGUGGUCUCAGGAUGACUACUACAUGGCCAACGACCUCUUGUCGGAGCCGACUCCUUAUGGUCUCCAUGCCAGUAUGUUCUUGGUCACUUUGCGGGAACAGACCACCCCUGAGCAAAAGAAGCUCUUCCUCGAACCGGCUGCGAAAUACGAGAUCAUUGGAUGUUACGCACAGACGGAAUUGGGCCAUGGUUCCAACGUCCGUGGCUUGGAAACAACUGCCACAUGGAACCCUGACGACAAGACUUUCACAAUGCACUCGCCUACCCUGACUGCUUCGAAGUGGUGGAUCGGCUCACUGGGUCGCACUGCCAACCACGCCGUAGUCAUGGCUCAGUUGUACGUCGGAGGCAAGAACUAUGGCCCCCACCCAUUCGUUGUCCAGAUCCGUGAUAUGCAAACCCACCAACCUCUGGAGAAUGUCUACGUCGGAGACAUUGGUCCUAAGUUCGGUUAUAACACGAUGGACAAUGGUUUCCUCCUGUUCAACAAGGUCAAGAUUCCCCACGUUAACAUGCUGGCCCGUUUCUCGCGCGUCGAUAAGGAGACCAACAAGUAUAUGCGCCCGGCAUCUCACUCUCUCUUAUACGGUACUAUGACCUGGGUCCGCUCCAAUAUCGUGCUGCAGGCCGGUAGUGUGUUGGCUCGUGGCGUGACCAUCGCCACCCGUUAUUGCGCCGUCCGUCGGCAGUUCCAGGACCGUGAUGGCGGUAAAGACGCGGGAGAAAACCAAGUCCUCAACUACAAGAUGGUCCAGGUCCGUCUCCUUCCUUUGCUCGCUUCCAUGUAUGCACUCCACUUUACCGGUCGCGGUAUGAUGCGGCUUUAUGAGGAGAACCAGAAGCGGAUGAAGGGCGCUGUUGAGGCUGGUCAGGACAAGAGAGGCGCAGGCCCUGAGCAGUUGAGGGCCGGUGCAGACCUGCUGGCAGACCUCCACGCCACUUCCUGCGGUCUGAAGGCACUCGCGAGUACCACUGCCGGAGAGGGUCUCGAGGUUGCAAGAUAUCUUUUGAAAUCCGCACGCGCCGUCCUUGCCGGCAAGGGAACGAACAACGACACAUCCCAGAUUCUGCAGACAUAUCUCUCUCGUCGGGAGAAGGGUGCUUCUUUUGACAUCCUGGAAGAGGACAAGGACAUCGUUGCCGCCUUUGCCUGGCGUACCGCACAUCUCACCUUCGAGGCCCUGAAGCGCCGAGACGUUGAGAAGCGGUCCUGGAACAGCCUGCUGGUCGACUUCUGGCGCCUGUCGACCGCGCACUCGCAGUACCUGGUUGUUAAGAACUUCUACGAAGCGGUCACUUCGCCCCAGCUCACAUCCGAGCUGGACCCCGAGACUCUGUCCUUGAUGCACAAGCUCUUCCGCCUGUACGCCCUGCACACUCUGGAGCGUGAGGCCGGUGAAUUCUUCUCGUCCAGUGCCGUCACCACCCGCCAGAUCUCGCUCGCACAGUCGAACGCUGUGAUGAAGCUUUUGGAUGAGAUCCGCCCCCAUGCAGUCCGUCUGGUCGAUGCCUGGAAGUUCCCUGACUGGCAGCUCGACAGCAGUCUGGGCCGCUAUGAUGGUGAAGUCUACCCAGACCUCUUCCGCCGUGCCUGCCAGAACCCGGUCAACGACCUGGUAUUCGACCCCUACCCAUGGAAUGAGAACGUGCUGAAGAACAGCGCACCUAAGAGCAAGCUUUAA